GGGGAAGUGGGCUUGACCUGAAUAUUUUCCCUAUACGUCCCCGCCUCGGGACUCAAAGCCACCGUCUUGGUUUUCGAUUCCAAUUCUCUGGACACUCAAUCAGGGCUUGUUCAUGCAUAGAUUGUAGAGGCAAUUCCGCAUCGUCUCCUUCAGAUCCAUCGAGGGUUUUUGCGGUAAUUGGGAUGGAUGGGAAUAAGGAUGAUGCUUUGAAAUGCUUGAGAAUUGGAAAGGAGGCGUUGGAAGCUGGGAAUUUGGUCCGAGCCCUAAAAUUUGUGAACAAAGCUCGUCGUCUUGAUCCGACGCUUCCCGUUGACGACCUAUUACCGGAACUUAAAAACGUUUCUGGUGAUCAGUUGGGUGGUGAUGCGUGUGAUGCCGGCAAUGGGCCAUCUGGGUCCCCUUCGUCCAAGUCCCCUGAACAACAACCAUCUGUUCGUCGUAGAGUUCCGGCAUCUUCUGAAUCUUCAACGUCUGCGACUUAUACUGAGGAGAAUGUAGAGAUUGUAAGGCAGAUCAAGAAGAAGAAGGAUUACUACGAGAUUUUGGGAUUGGAGAAGAGUUGCUCUAUUGAGGAUGUUAGGAAGUCAUAUAGAAAGCUGUCUUUGAAGGUCCAUCCAGAUAAGAACAAUGCUCCUGGUGCUGAAGAAGCGUUUAAGGCGGUAUCCAAGGCCUUUCAGUGUCUAAGUAACGAGGAGAGUAGAAAAACGUAUGAUCUUGUUGGGUCCGAGGAAGAAAUCUAUGAGAGACGGACCGCAAGACAUGGUGGUAAUGGAUUUAAUGGGUUUUACGAAGGUGAUGUUGAUGCAGAUGAGAUAUUUAGGAACUUCUUCUUUGGUGGAAUGCCACCGACAACUACUCAUUUCCGUAGUUUCAAUUUUGGCCCUGGAAUGGCUCCUAGAACAGGCGAUCAGGGUUCAGGUGGUGGCCUUCGGACACUGAUUCAAUUGCUUCCUGUGCUGGUGAUAUUGCUUUUGAAUUUCAUGCCAUCCUCAGAACCUAUCUAUGCCCUUUCCCGUUCAUAUCCUUAUGAACACCGAUUUACAACUCAGAAGGGUGUCAAUUAUUAUGUGAAAUCAAAAAACUUCGAACAGGAGUUUCCACCUAAUAGUCGGGAUCGUCUGGUUCUUGACCAAAGGGUAGAUAGGGAGUAUUUCAAUAUUCUUGCACAGAAUUGUCGACUCGAGAUGCAACGACGCCAGUGGGGAUUCAUUCGUGAAACUCCGCAUUGUGAUAUGUUGAAUAAGUUUCAAUCAGCGGCUUAAUGAAGGUCCUGUUUUCUCGUGUGACGGACAAAUUCCUAGGACGUUUGCACGAGCCUGAAACAAGUCAAAUAGUUACCCCAGAUCUGAUGUCGCUCUUUAUCAUCUAUUCUGAAUGCUUCGCUUGUAAAUCUCAUAUUCUCACCACCAUCUUAGGUUCUAGCAUAUUUUCCCAGUAUUACAAUAGAUUUACUUGAGUAGAUGCUGAAUAAUUUUAGAGCUUGAGCUUGGAUGUACUGAUUAUAAUCCCUUUGCAUUAUCUGAACCAACGAACAUUAUUAUGACUGCCUUUGUCACAGCUUGUAUUUUGACAUCAUUUCAUUUUGUUUAAUUAAGAAAGAGUGGCCACAUCUAUUUGAGAUA